GAACAAUGGACUUCCAAGAAAAAGGACGGCACCUCGCCUCCCGCAAAGGAAAACUACCUGCGGCAGCCGCGGCCCGCGCAGCUGGCAGUUAACCGCUCGGAAGUCGCUGCGACGAGGUGCUGGAUUUUGACUUGCUACCAAAUCAAGCUGCCGCAAAACCCCUCGCCUGCGGCUUCGCGUCGGCCGCCGCCGCUGCCGACACUUUGCCGCGUGCCUCGCGCCCCCGCGCUGCCGAUGCGAUCAGCGACGCACGCCAGAUCCGAGCUUCUGUAGGACCUUCAGCCGUCGCCGUCCCAUGGGGGACUGCGUUGUCGAGGACGGCCACGGGCACCACCAAUCGGAGGCGGUGGAGGGCGCGGUUCCGUUGACGGUAGCCGUGGAGCUCGAUGAGCGGUCGGGAGAGUCGCGGGAGGAGGGUGGCGGGCAGCGGAAGAAGGUUGGUGGGAUCCGAAGGGAGCCGUCGUUCUCGCGGUGGUGCAGGGACCCCUCUGACGCCGCCGCCUCCAAUACCGCCGCUGCUGCGGCGACCAGCGACAGCGACGACUCAGAGGAGUUCGAGCUGCCGCUCCUGCCAUCCUCCUCGGGCGGCGGCAGCUCACCGAUGGACAUUGAGGCGGGGGCGACGGCGAGAUCUGAUGAUCUGCCGAUCUCGCCGAGGUUGCUUGCGAAGGUCAUCGGGUUGAUAGCGUGUUGGUACACGCUUAGCACAUGCUUGACGCUGUACAACAAGGAGAUGCUGGGGAAGCACAUGUGGAAGUUCCCGGCGCCAUUCCUGAUGAACACAGUGCAUUUCACGUUGCAGGCUGUGGCGUCCAGGGCCAUCGUGUGGUUCCAGCAACGCGGCCUGGAGGGAGGGCCAAGUAAAAUGUCGUGGAAGGAUUACUGUUUACGAGUUGUCCCAACAGCUUUGGCUACUGCUCUUGAUAUAAAUCUGAGCAACAUUUCACUUGUUUUCAUUACUGUGACAUUUGCUACAAUGUGCAAAUCGGCUUCUCCAAUUUUCAUUCUUCUGUUUGCUUUUAUGUUCAGGCUUGAGAAACCGAGCUUUAGCCUUCUUGGAAUCAUGCUGGUUGUUUCAUUUGGAGUUCUACUAACAGUUGCUAAAGAGACAGAAUUUAAUCUGUGGGGAUUUAUAUUUAUUAUGCUUGCUGCUGUUAUGUCUGGUUUCCGCUGGUCCAUGACUCAGAUUCUUCUCCAGAAAGAGGAAUACGGAUUAAAGAAUCCUUUUACCUUGAUGAGCCAUGUUACCCCAGUAAUGGCAAUAGUGACAGCAAUUAUUUCCAUUGUGAUGGAUCCAUGGCACGACUUCAGAGCAAGCCACUUUUUUGAUAGUUCUGCUCACAUAAUAAGAAGCAGCUUGUUGCUGCUUCUAGGUGGCGCUUUGGCCUUUUUCAUGGUUUUGACAGAAUAUGUCCUUGUUUCUGUGACUAGUGCUGUAACAGUUACUGUAGCAGGAAUUGUGAAGGAAGCUGUCACUAUUCUGGUUGCUGUGCUAUUCUUUCAUGAUCCAUUUACAUGGUUAAAGGCGCUUGGGCUGGCAAUAAUAAUAUUUGGUGUCAGUCUAUUCAAUAUUUACAAGUAUAAAAGGUUCAAAAAAGGACAUCACAAUGAAGAUACUGGGACAAAUAUCCAAUCUUCCAAUGGGACUUCAAAGUACGUUAUCCUUGACGAUGAUACUGAAGCCCAAGAUGAUACAGGCUGACCUGAAUGUGGUAGAAUGCAGACUAUUAUAUGCACUGGCGUUUCCAGAGAAGCAAGAUCAUCUGUGCCUGCAUAGCCUUGCUUUCACAGGCUAACUGAUUUAAUAUUUUUUGAGUUCAUCAAUCGCUCUGGUCAGCCAUGCACGAGCAUGUCGCUUGCAGCCAUGUGACAAGUUGGGAAGACUACACGCUCAUACAUGCAACAUACAGCCUGGUAUCAGUACAGAUGUUUUGUCCUUUCAUUCAAAACAAAGAAUUGUGCAUAUAUCUGAACGAGACUUUCUGCAGUAUGUCCACUAAGAAAAUGUUCCAUCAAUUGCAAUUUUUUUAAAGAGAAUUGCAAUUAGAAAUACAUCUGACACACUAUUAAUUUUCUGGAAGAGGAGAGAGCUCAAUUUUGUAGGGCAUUCUGAAUGUUGUAGGGAGAUUCAGCAUCAGAACACAUAGCUUUCUUUUCUUUCUUAUUUUUUUAGAUGAUGAAAUUAAACACUCUUAUAUGUAAUGUUAUCAUUAUGGGAAUGUAUACUGUUUGAAAAAAAA